AGGUUUGAUUUUCUCCGGGCGUGUUCUCAAGGAUGACAUGACUCUUGAGUCGUUUGGAGUAGCCGAGGGUGUAGCUCUGAAUAUGGUAAGAUCUGCACCUCCACGAGCUGCCGCUGCCGCACCUCCAGUAGCAGCCGCGGGUCCUCCUCGGGCCAUACCUGGUGGCAGCUCCCGCCUUGAUGCUGCCUCUAUGGGUGCUGUGCAAGAGCAACUCGCUCAAAACCCAGAAAUGGCUCAGGAAGUGUUCGAUCUUCUGGGGCAACAAUACCCUGAAUUCGCCACCGCUGAAGGGCACGCGGCGUUACAAGAGAUCUUCAAUGACCCCGAAGCCCUCGCACAGCUCUUGAGUGCCUCCGGUGUGGACGAGGACGACGAUGCGAAUGAUGGACUUGCACACGUAUUCUCAUCAGACGAGCUCUCUGAUGGUAUCGACAGUGUAUUCAGUGCGCUGAGUCUAUCACCUUCUACAGAUGUACAUAUGGAGCCAGGAGUAUUCAUGCAAGGCUUCGUAUCAGCCAUCAAUGCCUUAGCGGAGAGUUUUCAACAUGGCAUGGGGGGCGUUCCCCCUACCCCUGGGUCAGCAGGUACGGCACAACAACCAGCGCGACAACAACAGGCAAGGUCACCGGCUGCGCCUGCCAGAGUAUACAUUACACGGGAACAUCUUGCUGAGUGCAUGGAGAAUGUCAUGCGAAAUGUGCGAUGAUUUACGUAUGGUAUAGCUGGUCUGGGCGUGGGUCGGUUAAGAGUGCGCUGUGGACUUGUUUUUGCGGGAAACUGACAGGUUUAAUAGAAUUUCAAAGUCAUCGAUAAAGCCACAAGAGAUACAACUCAAUGACCAAAAGUACUCUAUAGACUACCUAAUAUACAUAUACGAUGCCUGAGAAAUAGACUCUGAUUCCCUUGCUACAUUCUAUGAACACGUCUUCUCGUAGUAGUAGUUAUGGACACGUCUUAACUCCUCUCGUAGCAGUAGUCCAAGUUAAUCUAGCGAUAUUGUAAUGGUGCCUCCAUUCUGUGCCUUUGGCCCUGUGUAUAAAAAAAGAUUUGUAUUUUCAUAAAUAAAAGGAGAAUUCUAAAACCUG